UCUUCAGACAACGAACAUUUGAAAAACGUAAAAAAUACCAAAAACAACUUAAAUGCAUGUAAACUAAACUGAUAAAUACAAAUAUUAUAUUUUCUGUUUGUUUAAGCAACUGUUGACUCAAUUUAGACAGUUAUGAAACGAAAAGUUGCAGCCAGUAGAGGGCAGCAGAGAGCAGCGAAGCCGCUUGAACGCAGACGGGUCAAAGAAGAAGACAAACGUAAACAUGCCGGGCUACGUCGACUGUCACUGUCACAUUUCUGCAAGAGAUUUCGAUGAGGACAUAGAAGAGGUCAUCGAGAACGCGAAGAAGGCGGGACUGUUGGCGGUGUUGGCCGUUGCUGAACACGUGGGAGAGUUUGAUAAGAUUAUUGAGCUGUGUCAGAGGUUCCCAGGCUUUAUCUUCCCGGCUUUAGGGGUCCAUCCUGUUCAGGCAGUUUCUGCACAGCAGCAGAGAGGAGCUUCUAUGCAGGAUCUUGCUGCUGCGCUGCCCGUCAUUGAGAACUACAAAGACCAGCUUGUUGCUAUAGGAGAGGUGGGCUUGGAUUUCACUCCCAGAUUUGUCAGCGGUGAGAGCGAUAAGGACGUUCAGAGGAAGGUCCUCGUUCAACAAGCUCAGCUGGCCAAGCGGCUGGAUCUCCCUCUAAAUGUUCACUCAAGAUCUGCAGGAAGACCCACCAUCCAGCUGCUGAAGGAGGAAGGGGUGGAAAAAGCGCUUCUUCACGCUUUCGAUGGCAGACCUUCUGUGGCUAUGGAGGGCGUGAAGGCCGGAUUUUUCUUCUCCAUCCCUCCGUCCAUCGUACGGAGUGAGCAGAAGCAGAAACUGGUGAAACAGCUGCCGCUUGAAAACAUCUGCCUGGAAACGGAUUCUCCGGCUCUCGGUCCAGAAAAGCAGGUCAGAAACGAGCCCAGAAACAUCAGAAUCUCUGCCGAGUAUGUCAGUCAAGUCAAAGGCGUGUCGCUGCAGAAGGUCAUGGAGGUCACUACUCAAAACGCGCUGCGGCUCUUCCCCAAGAUGAAGCCCGCCCUCGCACGCUGACCUCCCGUGUUUUUGAUCUGUUCUCAUUAAAAACACCAGAUUGGUGCUGAUUGAACUCAAACAGGAAGUGAGUGUUUUCAUGUGACGGCUUCUGUAAAGAUCAGAUGUGAGUCCUGAAGACGAUCGUUAGAACACAGGAAUCCACAUACAUGACUGGAGCUGCUCUCACACCGGACACGACUUUGUACGUCUGGCGCCGCUCUUUUGACGUCCCUCAAACGCCUGUCCAAAUAUGUACUUGACACCCCAGACGCCUGUGGGAGGAGCUACCACCAGAUGCUUUGGUGUUAUGUUGUUAUUUAAAAGUUGUUAGGACCCUGUAAGAAUGCUGUAAAAGAAUCAAUAAACUAUUUUUUAAUUCUG